CUCUGCUGCAGCGGCUUCAAACUGAAGACUGGGGGUUUGUUUUAAAGGCAUUUAGACUUAUAAGAAAACACAUUUGGCUGAUAUAACAUUUUCCUUUAGUUGUUACACGUGUCUUUAAAAUCGCCCAUAGGCUGCAUCAGGGCUAACUUUUUGUGUGACGAGCAGGGAAGCAGAGAAGAGGAGGAGGAGGAGGAGGAGGAGGAGGAGGAGCGGUGUGACGGCAGAUGCCUUUGCAGCAGAGGAUCGAGGAGGAUGUUGGUGUGUGUGUAUGAGUGUGUAUGAGUGUGUAAGUGUGAGUGUGUUGUUGCGGGACAAAAUGCGGAUAGGACUGAGCUUGGACGCCGACCUGGCGACAUUUAAACUGCCGGAUCGUGUGGAUGUAGCUGCAGAGAUCGAAGUCCUGUGAGUGGGGGGGACAAAAAAAAACCCGCAGUGUGCCGAGAGGAACAUUUCAACUAGUUCAGAUCAGAUGGAUGGGACGACCUGAACGGUGCACUUCUGCAGGGCCGCCUCACUUCUGAAUGAGAUGUAGCUGCCUGACCAGACUCCCCCUGGGUGAAUCAGCUGGGAUAUUCUGUAGAGAUCGAUCGACCCCCCCAAACCCCGCUAACGAUGGAGAUUGGAGUUUUUCUGCCCUGCCUGGAUCAAUUCAUGCUGAGCCCACUUGUCACCUGGGUGAAGACGUUCGUGCCACAGGAUGGGGACGUGCACCUGGACUUCUCUGAAUUACUGGAUGGAGUCUUCCUGAUUGACAUGAUGACACAAAUAAAUCCCUCGGCUGCACCUCAGGGUGCGAGCAAAGUGAGCAGGGAUGCAAGUCACAGGAUCCAGAACCUGAACUUCCUGGUCCAGCAAAUCAAGUCGUAUUAUCUGGAUAAUCUGAGACAACUAAUCAUGAUUCCCUUGCCAAACGUGUUGCUGCUUGGCAGGACUCCUUACUGUGAGCAAAGUCUGGAGGAAAUGAAGAAACUUUUGCUGCUGCUGUUAGGCUGUGCAGUCCAGUGCGAGCAGAAAGAGGAGUACAUCAAGAGGAUCCAGACGCUUGACUUUGACACGAAGGCGGCCAUAGCUGCGCAUAUUCAGGAGGUGACCCACAAUCAGGAGAACGUGCUGGAUCUGCAGUGGUUGGAGGCCAGUGAGGUGCACCCAGAUGAGCUGGAUGCUGCUGCGAGGAACAUGGCCUCGCACCUCCGACAUCUGCUGGAACAGAGGGACACCCAGCUUAAGACUAUAGCAGAGCUAAUGCAGGAGAAGGACGGCGUGGUCAGCUUGCUCAACAGUCCCUCCAGCCCGCAGUCAGCCAGCUACUCUCCCAGCAUGCAGCAGCAGCAGGCAGGGACUCAGCAACACCUGGCGGUGGAGUUGGCCGACUCUAAGGCCAAGAUCAGACGACUCAGGCAAGAACUAGAGGAGAAGAGCGAGCAGAUGCUGGACUGCAGACAUGAGCUGGAGGACAUGGAGGCAGAGCUGAAGAGGACCCAGCAGGAGAACUCCCAGCUGCUCAUAGACGCACGCGCAGCCCGCACGUACCGUGACGAGCUGGACUCCCUGCGAGAGAGAGCCAUUAAGGCCGACAAGCUGGAGAGUGAAGUGGGACGCUACAGGGAGCAACUGCACAAGAUGGAAUUCUACAAGGCCAAAGUGGAGGAGGUAAAAGAGGAUAACAGGGUCUUACAGGAGACCAAAGAGGUGCUGGAGGAUCAGCUGGAAGGCUGGAGGGCUCGCUCAGAUAAAAUCCACCAGCUGGAGAAGCACACACUGCUGCUGAAGGCCCGGGUCCACGACAUGGAACAGGAGAGGGAGGCAGAUCGGAGGCGCAUUGAGGAGUUGCAGGAGGAGAACCUGGCUCUGUGUCUGGCUCAGAGGAGGAGCAUGGAGGAGUCCCAGCACCUCGGCUGGGAGUUAGAGCAGCUCUCCAAGACCACUGAGAACUCCCAGGGCCAGCAGACUCUGAGCGAGGAGGUGAGCGAGAGGACCUGCAGUCGGAUGCUGAAGCUGGAGAAGGAGAACCAAAGUCUGUUAAGGACCAUAGAGGAACUCCGAGCUGCCUCUGUGAACGGCAGCACUCAGCCCAAACACAGCCACCACCUUCAGUGUGAACAGGUGGUGUGCGGCUCCAGCAGCUGCACCUCGUCAACAGAUGAACCCACCUGCUCGGAUAUAGAAAAGUGCACUGACGUAUUCCCGGUCAGAAUAGUCUCUCAGCCGAUGCUGAAUGGAGAUUCAAACUGCCAUCAGCAACUCCACGCCGAAGAGCUGCAGGAAGCCAAGGGUGAGAUCCUCCUCACUGGUAGUCCAGACCUUCAUGUUCAGGAGAAAGGACAGCUUGAGGAUGGAAACGGAGGAGACUGUUUCAAAGAACUGAUGUCUGAACUGGAAGUCUUAGAAAACAACCACAACAGGCUCCAUUGUGUCGUGGGAUCACGUGGCCGCUCGCCUGGCUCGAAGAGCAGCAGUCCCUGCCAUGACAGCAUCUUCACAGGUCUGCCAACACGCUCCUCCUAUGCCAGCAAGCACACACAGCGGCUGGAGGCCAAGUGCAGGGCCCUGGACACAGUUAAUCAGCACCUACAGACUUCCCUCGAUAACACCGAUCGGAAAGUUCAGCGCCUGGAAGCAGAGGUUCAGGAGCUGGAGACGGAGAACCAGAGCCUGCAGGCCACUCUAGAAGAGCUUCGGAUCUCUGCACGACGCCUGGAGCAGCUGGAAAAAGAGAAGCAAAGCCUGGAGCAGGAAACCACCGUCCUGGAGAGAGAGAAGAGGCAGCUUGAGAAAGAGAAUCGGCGGCUCCGCCAGCAGGCUGAAAUCCAGGAAGCCAAUUUAGACAGCAGCAAUGUCUGCAUGGCCAGCCUGGAGAGGGAGAUGCGUUUUCUUGUGAAGGAGGUGGAGGGAUUGAGGGAGACUGCUGAGAGGGUCAAAGGCCUGGAGGGAGACAACAGAGAACUGACAAAGCAAGCUGCGAUCGACCAGAGGACGCUGGCCACCCUCAGAGAGGAGCUGGUCAGCGAGAAGCUAAAGACCCAGCAGAGAGACAAUGACCUGGAGAGGCUGGCCCAUGAGUUUGAAAUGAAGCUCCUUAACCAGAAGAGUGCACAGCAGGCUGAACAGGAGGCACCGGAUAACAGCCGGUUCAAGAUGCUGGAGUCAGAGUUGGAGUCAUCGCUGAAGAAAUCUCUUCAGAUUAAAGAAGACAAGAUGGCCGCUUUGGAGGCUCGUCUGCAGGAGUCCUCCAACCUGAACCAGCAGCUGCGCCAGGAGCUCAAGACUGUGAAACUGAGCUAUGAGGCUCUGCAACAGAGGCAGGAGGAGGAGCUGACGGCAUCAAGCCCCACCCCUCCCAGAGAGACCGGCAGGGCGAUGAGCGAAUGGCUGCGUGAAAGCCAGGAAGCCACCAAGGAACUGCUGAAGCUCAAAGACCGUCUCAUUGAGGUGGAGAGGACUAAUGCGACACUGGAGGCAGAGCGCCAGGCUAUGCAGGCCCAGCUGAAGCAGCUGGAGAAUCAGUCUGACAGCCAGCAGGCUCAGAUCCUCGCCCUGCAGAGGCAGGCAGCCUCACUGCAGGAGAGCAACACAGCCCUGCAGACACACAACGCUAACCUGCAGGUGGAGAAAUCCACUCUGAACUCACAGAGUGCCUCCCUCAUGGCCCAGAAUGCUCAGCUGCAGCAGCAGCAGUCGGGGACAGAAAGCGAGCGGGACGGCGCCAUGCGGGAACGCGAGGAGCUGCGUGGCAUUCACGAGCAACUAUUGCGAGAUCACGAGCGGCUGGCAGCUCUGCAUGAGCGGCAAGCCAUGGAGUACGAGACCCUGAUGGGAAAACAUGGCUGCUUGAAAAACGCCCACCGGACACUGGAGCUGGAGCAGCGCACGCUGCAGGACAGGUACAACAGCCUGUUGCAGCAGCGGGCCAAGCUGGACGACCUGGAGAAAGCCCUGAAGGAGGAGCAGAUGAGGAUGGCGCUGGAGAAGGAGCAGCACAGGACGACUGCAGCUGAGUGCGGCCGGCUCCGUGACGAGAAGGACUGGCUGAACCAGACAUACCGUCAGCUUCUCAGCGACAACGAGCUGCUGACAGCGGAUCACAAGCAGCUCAAGAGCCAGCUGAAUGAGGCCAAGCUGGAGCACACCUGGCUGGAGGCCGACUUCUCCAAGCUCAAGAAGGAGUUCCAGCAGCUGGACAUCACCUCCACCAAGCUCACCAACCAGUGUGAGUUGCUAGGCCAGCUGAAGGGCAACCUGGAGGAGGAGAAUCGCCACCUGCUCGGCCAGAUCGAGACCCUGAUGCUACAGAACCGCACCUUGCUGGAACAGACCAUGGAGAGCAAGGACCUUUUCCACGUCGAGGAGCGGCAGUACAUUGACAAGCUUAAUGAUUUAAGGAGGCAGAAGGAGAAGCUGGAGGAAAAGAUAAUGGACCAGUACAAGUUUUAUGAGCCAUCACCUCCACGCAGACGUGGAAACUGGUUAACUCUGAAACUGAAGAGGUUGAUUAAAUCCAGUAGCCGAGAGCAAGGACCAGACCGCCCACCAACACCCACACACUCAGGCACUGCUGAGUCACGCCACCUUUGUCACGACAGUAGCUCCUUCAUCAGCUCAGAUGGCUCUGGAGGCUCAGCCUCCACCUCAGCAGGUGAAGCCAUGAUCUCACCCCAGCGCAACAGCACCACUCUGAAAAUGUUUCCCCGUAUGAGGAACAGGCUGAAGGACAGAGACAAAGUCAAGUCCCUCUUCCGUCGUUCCAUGUCCCUGAGCAGCUUGGCGUACCCCUCGGCCCCGUUCGACGAGGAGCAGUGGGUGGAAGGGCCAGAGGCUGACCCUGAGCAGGAAAGAGGGAACACAUUGAUCUCAUCCCUCACCACAUCCACCCUGUCCAUCCUCCACCUCAAUCACCCCACCAUCCCACCAUCUGGCCACGUCACCACCACAACCACUGACACCACCGACACUGUCCCAGAUGUUUCUGAGCUUUGGGUGACAGAUAAGGUUUCAAACGACAGCGCAGUGCCAUCUGGAUUUGAGGACAACGACGAGCUGCAGAAUCACGGGCUGAUUGGUGUCCAGAGUCGGGCCCAAAGCGAGAGCAGCGGUGAGUUCAGCCUGAGUCUGGAAAAUGAGCCGUGGUCAAAUGGCAGCAGUCCGGUCCAGCAGCCUCCAUCACGCCGCUCCUCCUCGUCCUACCAGCCACCCAGCGAUACCUCCACCCCCCAACACACACUGAAGCUGCACAAGCAGAGGGAGAAGGCCUCUUCCACGCCCGUCACCAGCAGUCAGAACCUGGAUACCCAGGUUACACCAAAACAUAAAGAUUCUCAGGACUUCUGGCUCACAAGGGGCACAAAGAGCAUCCGAAGGGGGUCGAGGGGGAAAGUGACACGCCGCUCGUCAGAUUCAGCAGGCGCAGUCAAAACAAACCCAGAGCUCAAUGGGGUGAAUUUAAAAUCUAACAAGGCUGAGGUUACUCGAGCCUCGGUAUGUUCACCUAUCACAGUGUUGUACGUUCAGGGUAAGUCGUCCUCCAUGUCUGGCUGCCUCAACUGCUUCUCCACCCCUGUGGGGAAAGAGGGGCGACUGAGAGGGCCCAGGUCUCCCAAAAGUCUCCCCCGAGCAAGCAGUGUCAUUUCUACAGCAGAGGGGUCGUCCAGACGCUCCAGUGUAAACAGCGACUGCAGGGUGGCAGGCAAGACUGACCCACCCUCUGUUCAUACUUCAGAUGAGAGCAAUAAACAGGAGGAAACAGCCAGUCAACAGCAACCAGAAGCAGACAGUGAUCACAGUGAGCCUGAGCCCACUCCUCCAGUCAAACCUCCCAGAGACCCAACAGUUGUCCCCGCUGACCGCCCAAAAUCCCCUGUGCAGGAGUCACUUCUGGGCUCCGCGUUCACUUUCAACUCUGUUUUCUCAAACACAAUCUUCAGCGAUUCGGUGGUCACGACCACGACCAGUCUGGACGCCCUCGCCAACAACCAGGCCUUCCUCUGUCUGAAUCCCGCCCUGGAGCAGGACUGUCCACUUAAGAGCCAGAAGUCUGCUCCUGACAUACCACAAACGCUGCUCAACAACACAGAGAAUGAGCAGAGUGAAAAUGCAGAGCAUGCAGCUGGGCUGGAGGAGAAGGACAAGCCACUGACAAUUGCAUGAAAGCAGCAGUCACAUCAGUCAGUAUUGUGUGUUUCUACAGCAGGUAGCUGCGAGGCCACGUUUCAUGACACUAAGUGAAGCACACAAUUGAACUGACUGUAAUUUAAUGUUUGCACUGUAUCCUAUUGACUGCCUGAGUGUAUGUAAAUGUGUAAAUAAAUGAUGUCCCUUUCUCAC